CUAGCCCAACACUACAUCACCGUCGAUAGAUUGCCGUGAUGGGUAAGAUGGCGUCUCAACUGGCCUUGGCCGCCGUCUACUGCGCCGUCGUGCUCCUCUCGUCCCUCGGCCCGGCCGCGGCGACGGGCAAGACCGGGCGGAUCACGGUGUACUGGGGCCAGACGGCCAGCGAGGGCAGCCUCCACAAGGCCUGCCAGAGCAACCUCUACUCCACCGUCAUCCUCUCCUUCCUGACCCACUUCGGCGGCGGCCGCUACAAGCUCGACCUCACCGGCCACUCCUGGAGCGCCGUGGGUCCCGACGUCAAGUACUGCCAGUCCAAGAACAUCCUCGUCCUCCUCGCCAUCGGUGGCGGCUUCGGCAGGUACUCCCUCGCCUCCAAGGCCGACGCCAAGGCCGUCGCCGACCACAUCUGGGUCGUCUACCUCGGCGGCCGCUCCUCCACCAAGCCACGCCCGUUCGGCGACGCCGUGCUCGAUGGCGUCGACUUCGACAUCGAGCACGGGGGAUCCAAGCACUACGAUGACCUCGCGAGGUACCUCAAGGGUUACAACGGGAAGGGGAGGAAGAAGGUGUGGAUCACGGCGGCGCCGCAGUGCCCGUUCCCGGACAGGAUGCUGGGGCAGGCGCUCCAGACGGGGCUCUUCGACCGCAUCCACGUCCAGUUCUACAACAACCCCGUCUGCAGCUACCGGGCCGGAAACGUGGGGGCGUUCACACGCGCGUGGCAGAAGUGGACCCGGAGCUUCCCCCGGAGCUCGGUGUACCUGGGGUUGCCGGCGGCGAGAGGCGCCGCGGGGAGCGGGUACGUGCCGCCGGCGACGCUGGUGUCCAAGGUGCUGCCGAUCGUGCGGCGGUCGAGGAACUACGGAGGGAUCAUGCUGUGGAGCAGGUACUGGGACCUGCAGACCGGAUACAGCAGGGCCGUCAAGCAUGCCGUCUGAUGCAUGUGGAGGACAAGCUCGCCGUGGUCGUGUCGCCGGCGGCGGUGGAUGUUGUAGGUAAUAUGUGAUGAUCGUGUCAAGUACUGGAGUCCCCUGCGUGCAAUAACAAAAUAGGCAGACGCACCCAUGUGUACACGUAGUACACAGGGAGGUCUACACUCACCCAUGUGUACAUGUGUGAUUACUAAUGUUGUGUAUGACGGUAUGUAACUAUGUUAUACCGUGCAAUAAAUAAAUGGGGAUUAUGUGUGUUCCUA